UAAUUAGUGAGUUGGAGCAGUUGGAGGCAGCUGGACCGGCGGCAGCAGUAGGUGCUGUCCCAUCAUCAGUUCACACCCAACGGGGCCGCAGCGCACCGCUCCUCCGGCCGAACACCAUGACACCCGGAUCCAGGACCGCAGCCUGAGCCGCACCGAGGACCGAACCCCGAGGACCGCGGGCACACGCACACAGCCGCGCGUACACGCACGCAGGAAGGCACGCACGCUCACGCGCGGGACAGCGACGCCGAAGAUCGCAGCGACCCACCGGCAGAUUGACGGAGGGAGCCGCGGAGCUGCGCUGCGGAGACGCGUCCCGCCACAGAACCCGGUCCGCGCGAGUCAUUUCACGCCCACGCAGAUUUUAAAACAUGUCAUCUUCGGGGAAGGACGCCAACAGCGGGCAUUACGCCAACUAUGUGGGACCGUACCGGCUGGAGAAGACGCUGGGAAAAGGACAGACAGUCAGGAAACCUGGUGGACGUCGAGGUCUGGUGAAGCUGGGUCUCCACUGUGUCACAGGUCAAAAGGUCGCCAUAAAGAUCGUCAACAGAGAAAAGCUCAGCGAGUCUGUUCUCAUGAAGGUGGAGCGAGAGAUCGCCAUCCUGAAACUCAUCGAGCAUCCUCACGUCCUGAAGCUGCACGACGUCUACGAAAACAAGAAAUACCUGUACCUGGUGCUGGAACACGUGUCAGGAGGGGAGCUGUUCGACUACCUGGUGAAGAAAGGCCGGCUGACGCCCAAAGAGGCCCGGAAGUUCUUCAGACAGAUCAUCUCAGCGCUGGACUUCUGCCACAGCCACUCCAUCUGGUCCGUACGCACAGCGCGGUCCUGACCCGGUCCGAUCCGCGGUUCUGAUCCGGUCCGAUUCACGGUUCUGACCCGGUCCGAUCAGCGUUUCUGACCCGGUCCGAUCCGCGGUUCUGACCCGGUCCGAUCAGCGGUUCUGACCCGGUGCGAUCCGCGGUUCUGACCCGGUCCGAUCCGUGGU